UUCUAUUUAAAGGGCAUGGCAGCAGACACCACAGCAACCCAAACCCCGCUAAGCAUCAGCAUUCAGCAGCACCAGCCUUCUACCUCCUCUGCUUUGCAUUCCGCCUUCCAGUUCCAAUUCCAACCGCAAUCAAUGGCUGCCAUGAAGAUCGCCCUCCUUGCCGUGGCCGCGAUGGCCGUCUUGCUAGGCACCGCGUCAGCGGUAACCUACAACGUCGGCGAUCAGGGCGGUUGGACCCUCAGCACCGACUACAGCAGCUGGGUGUCCGGCAAGAAGUUCAACGUGGGUGAUGAGAUCGUCUUCAAGUACUCGACCCCAACGCACGACGUGGUCGAGGUCAGCAAGGCCGGCUACGACUCCUGCAGCAUCGACGGCGCCAUCAACACCUUGGCCUCCGGCAACGACGUCAUCACCCUCAACGCCACCGGCACCCGGUACUUCAUCUGUGGCGUCCCUAACCAUUGCAGCCCCACCGCCGCCGCCAGCAUGAAGGUCGUGAUCAACGUCGCCUCGGGCUCCUCCUCGCCGUCGUCACCCAUGCCAGCUGCAGGUCCUGGCGCGAGCAACUCUCCCCCGGCGCCGCCCUCCAACGCCGCUACCUCCGUCGGUGCCACAGCAGGAUUUGGCCUCGUCGCCCUACUGGCGGCCGGUCUCAUGGCUUGAACGCAUAUAUUGAUCAGCUGCCGCGCGCACAUACGAGCUUUUAUAUUGUUAACUACUAUACUGUAGUUAUUAUCACGGGUGAAUACAUGUAUUCUUUUUUAGAGCGAGAAUGUGAUAGUUACUUGUAUCUAUCACGUCUAUAUGUAAUCUGCAGGCCUUCAUGUCUUUUUAUAUAAUGAUUCUAGACUAUUAUUUUA